CCCAAAUUUCUCUCACCCCCCCACCAUAUAGAAGUCCACCAGGCCAACCUCACCUACCAACAACAACACGACGAACGACAAACUCUUCCGAAUUCAGCAUUUAGGAAAGGAACCUCCCAUACCUUCCGCCAGCACCCUACGAACGCAAUGUCCAACGCCGAACUCGCCGUUUCAUACGCCGCCCUCAUCCUCGCCGAUGAUGGUGUUGAGAUUACAGCCGACAAGCUCCAGGCCCUCAUCAAGGCCUCCAACAUCACCGAAGUCGAGCCCAUCUGGUGCUCGCUAUUCGCUAAGGCCCUAGAAGGAAAGGACGUCAAGGACCUUCUCCUGAACGUCGGCUCCGGGGGUGGAGCUGCCGCAGCUCCUGGUGGUGGUGCCGCCGCCUCAGGUGGUGCCGGUGGCGCUGCUGAGGAGAAGGAACCUGAGAAGGAAGAAGAGAAGGAGGAGUCGGACGAGGACAUGGGUUUCGGACUUUUCGAUUAAGCAAAAAAAUCUUUCUGUUUUCCUCGGGGGGUUUUGGGAGUUUCUCUUCGAGUUGAAUAAAAAUAAAUUUAACUACCUUUUUCUUUUUGCGUUUCGCCUUACCGUGCGUGCUCGGCUCAUUUCGUUUCAUCUUCCUCCAAGGAAUGCGUCAUAUUUAGAAUCGGGCUGGGGAGAAGGCUUGGACUCACUUGAGUGGUUAUGGGGUGGACCGGUUUGGGUUGGUUCGGGUGGUGACUUUGGGGAGGGUGUGCGUGAUGCGUGGGAACCGGAUAAAAUCAUGGGUGGUUGAUUUCGAGGUACUUAGUACGGUACUUGGUGGGCUUUGAGGCAGAGGGUGUCUGGGGUAGGUUGGGAAGGGGGUACGGUACGGUAUUAGGGAGGUUUUGCUACGACGGUCGUUAUUCCGAAAUGUGCUUGUUUGUGCCAUUUUGGCGCAAAAAGUCAAAAUUUUGCACCAAAAAUGGGCAACUUUAAUGGCUUACAACUCAUCCAAAAACACUAUAGAAUUAAUGGAAGUAGUAGCAUUACAGGCUUCAUAAUUGCUCCCCUGCGUUUUUUUAGAAUUGGAUAAUUUUGUCACCUCCAUGUGGGCGUUGAUAGCAGAACAAGGUUUUUGUUUCAUGAGAUUGUUGUAUGAUAAAGCACCUUUUCUUACACCUCGUUUGCCCACCCCUGAUUCUCCUAAUAUCCUGCUCCUGAAAUCUUUUGAUAGAGGUUGAUUUUUCGAUUUUUAAGCCAGAACAAAUUUUCACAUGAUUCUAAAGGGUUUGGCGAAUUCGAACUUUUUUGUUUUGAGAUUUCUGGUGUAAAAUGCCACACUCAUAAUUUCUUAUGCCAAGAUCGCACUUGGGCGCACAUUAAAUUAUGGUGCACAUCAACCAAAAAACGCAGCAAAAUCCAAUGCCCACCACGACCUAGUUUGCGCGCAAGUAUGAUAUUUUGUCCUGAGUUAUGUGUUGCUGAAGUUUUG